UAGUAUGCCGGUCCGACACAGCCCAUGAUAACGUUGUGACUGCGCGACAUGUUUGGAGUUUUUAAUGGAGAGCGGUCAUGGACAGGAACGCUGUGGUGAAACUGGGCGCAAUGGCGAGUGCCACUGUGUGUGCGCUGUUCGGCGGAGUCGUGUUCGCGCAGUACAUUUUCACCAAAAAAAAGAGGGCAGGCAAGAAAACAAAGAUAAUCGAAAUGAUGCCUGAGUUUGAGAAGAACACUGUUCACAUCAGAGACCCUGAGCGGGUGGAGCAGAUCAUCUGCAGUCUCAUUAAGGGUGGAGCAUCUAAACUGCAGAUCAUCACAGAUUUUGAUAUGACGUUAACCAGGUUUGCUGUAAAUGGAAAGCGCUGCCCAACAUGUCACAAUGUUAUUGACAAUUGCAAGCUGGUUACUGAAGAUUGUAGGAAGAAGCUGCUGAAGCUAAAGGAGACGUAUUACCCUAUAGAGAUUGACCCUCAUCUGACCAUGGAGGAGAAAUAUCCGUUUAUGGUGGAGUGGUAUUUUAAAUCACACACAUUAUUAGUGGAGCAGAGAUUGCAGCGGGACAAACUCCCCGAGGUGGUGCAAGAAUCAGAUGUCUGUCUCAGGGAAGGGUACGAGCAGUUCUUUGAUCGGCUGCAGCAGCACACUGUUCCUGUGUUCAUCUUUUCGGCGGGUCUGGGAGACGUGCUGGAGGAAGUGAUCAGACAGGCUAGUGUAUACCACCCCAACGUCAAAGUCGUGUCCAACUUCAUGGACUUUGAUGAGAACGGCAUUCUGAAAGGCUUUAAAGGAGAACUGAUCCACGUUUACAACAAGCAUGAUGGCGCUCUGAGAAACACAGAGUAUUUCAAGCAACUGAAGGACAAUGGCAACAUUAUUCUGCUCGGAGACUCGCUCGGUGAUCUCAACAUGGCAGAUGGCGUGCCCAACGUGGAAACCAUCCUCAAGAUCGGCUAUCUCAAUGAUAAGGUCGAGGAACGGUUGGAAAAGUACAUGGACUCUUAUGAUAUUGUCCUAGUGAGGGAUGAAACUCUUGAAGUGCCUAAUUCGAUUCUGCAGAAGAUCUUAUAAUUGACACCACAGCACACCCUGCUGGGAAAGGACUCAAAUUCCAGUAUAUCCAGGAGUCUCCUGGAUGAAACCAGCACUGAGGCCAAGCUCCUUCUGUCUACAUGCCCCACAAGUCAAUAAUAUACACCCUUUUACCUUUUUAAAGUCACGUUUUAUCUUGAUAUUGAACUAUUUUAAUAAACGCCCUGCCGUUGUUGCAUUCAACAAAUAUCAAUAGAAAGGACAUUAAAUCAUUGGUAAAAUUAUUGUUUGCAGUAUUUUUGAUAUGGAAAUAUUUGUAUUUAGUGCUUGCAGUAAAAGCUGUUACAGUUCUCAUGGAACUUUAGAUUUCAUAUGCGAUGAAAAUGAAAGCAAUACUACUAUAUAUUGCUGCAAAAACCUUGAUGUUUAACGUUUUAUGUGUUGUGUCCUGUGAUUAAUGUUCGUCAUCAUAAUUGAUCAACCUGUGUUUGGUGUUGAAAUUUGUACUACCUCCUGAUCACCCGUGAGGUGGGCAAUAGUGUUACCAUGGUGUACGGUGUUACUCGGUACAAGGGACAACACCGGUGUGAAAUGUUAUAUUAAUUUUAUAAAAGGGGGAAACAUUAUGAAUUAAACUUCCAAUAAUAACCUAACAAAUAGUAUAGCCUUAAAUAAAGAAUAGUUGCCUAAUGAAGAGUUUGCGACCCAUGAUAAAUGAACCUAAAUAACGCACUGAAAGCCAGAUGUUCUUUACCAUCGUAUCAAAUUACACAGGCAGCAAAGUAUGCGCACUGACACGACGUUUAAUUGCAGGUAGCAAAUAUAAUGUGUAUGGUGGGUAACUGUAAGAUGUCUCUGAUUUGGAAUGACACAAGAAAUGCUGUUAGACACACAGACACAUGCUUGAAGAAACAUACUUUAUUAUCUUUUUAAGAACAGAUGACAGAAAAGCCGUAUAUGCCCAUGUCUGACGCGCUGUUUGUUUGGAGGUGUGCAGUCUUGUAGAACAUGUAUGUAAAGGGUUCUCACCCUUUUUUCAGUCUUCUGAAUUUGUUUUUGCAAGAAUAGUAUCAUCUGCGAGAAUGCUGCAAAUGACCUCAGACAUUUCAGCUCAGGAGGUGCUUUGAGUUCAGUUCACUUUAUUUCCACUGAGCAGUACAUUGUGACCACAACUCUGCAGCCUAUACAUCUGUGAUUAAAACACAAAAUAAUACAAAAA